AUGGCCAGUGCUGUCGCUGACCGCAAUGGCUUUUCAUAUGCUGAGAAGGAAGAGCUUGUUGAAUAUGAGAAGCUUAUAAAGCUUCGCAAUGAUUUCUUCGCACACAGUCAUCCCUCACCCAAGCUUCCCAGACAGUCUGGUGGUCUAGGUAAUCCAUUCGCUGCCUCUGGACCUCUACCCUUACCGCCCGUGUCUUCGUCACAAAUGACGAAUGGCGUUCACCCACCUUCUCAGGUCAGCAACGGGACAUCUUCACUUGCAGCAAACCCGCAUGACACCAAGCCUUUGUCGAAUCCCUUUCAGCCCAAAUCGCCCAACAAUCUGAAAGUUUCGACUUCAGCGCCUGGGUCAUCUGGCAUCGACCCCAUCUUUUUAACCAAAUCAGAUGUACUUGUAAGAGCAGAGAUACAGCAGAAAAGGCAACGCAUCGAGCGGGCCUUGGAGGAGCAAAUACACCAGCGAAGAAAGCAGAAAAUGUUCGAUCAGGAAGCCUUGCCAGACUUUAAUGCUACCGAAGUCUUGAGAAAGGCGCAAGAGCUUGUAAAGCCUGUCAAAAUGCACGAAAUCAGUCGCGCUAAUGGAGCUGCUUCAGCCAGUGAUUCAUUUGAUGAGAAAACAUUUUACUCCAGUCAGGUGGAAUCUACUACGACAGAGGAAGCAGAUGAGUCUCAUAAAUGGCGUCCCCAUCGAAUUUGCAAUUUUUUCCUUAAGGGGGAGCACUGUCGAUAUGGAGACGCAUGUACUUUCUCUCAUGAUCCAAAAUUGAAGCAAAAGCUUGAAGCAGAUGGAUCACAAAAUCUGGAUCUUGAUAGCGUCAAUGCUGACGAACAGACAAGCCUGCGCCCUAAUAAACCCUCACUCCAGACUUCGACGAACGGUCCACUACCUCACCCUCCAACAAAAGCGAGCACUGCAGGUGCUCCAAUGUCGCAGUCGGAGCGGGCAAUGCAGGAACGCAUUGCGCAGCUUGAGGCUGAGCUUGCGAACAGGUCAAGGAAUGAACAGCAAGCACAUCCUGAUGCCACUGCUCGCCAGCAUGUAAAAGAGAUAAACGAGUCUCAGGAGGACUCUGCAUAUUCACCUCCUGGCCCCGAUGAAUUUGGGCGAGAUGUAGGUUUGCGGGAGGUUGAAAUACGGCAGCCGGCAACAAAACAGCGGCCUCCUCCAGGUCAUGUUCAACCAUCGGCACGUGAGUUUGCUGUACGCAAUGACAGGUCACCCUCGCCACUGCCAAACAAUGUGCGAGUUGUUAGGAAUCACAUAAUGUCUCCUGUGGCACCACAGCCUUCGCGUGUGUCCCCAUUAGCCGUGGCUAAAGUUCCGCAAGUCUCUCAGGUCCAGCGCAGCCAUGGUGAGAAUCGUCGUCUUUCGCGUGCAUCUAAUGCAGAGGUUACGAGUGCUGGACCAAGUCCAAAACCUGGCUUACAGCCUCUGAGCUCGAAGAAGCGAAGAAGGGGGGUGGAUCCCCAAGAGCAUACCCGUAACGUGGUUCCGCGUAGAGAGCUGGGCUCACCUGACGUCCGUAUCAAGGACGAGCCUGUUUCGCCUCCUCCUUUUGGGGAUGCUGUGGAAAUACGACAGAUUCGUCCCAGGCGGGAAGCAUCACGACAGCUGUAUGUCGAUCCAGCUGCGCCUCAAUUUCGUGAUCAAGAGCCAAUAAUCUACCAACCCAGAGUUGGCGAACGUCCAGCGUAUGGUCAACUUUCUGAUGACCGAGGACCUUUGACUCCAUUAGGGCGCCGCGUGGUCUCUCGCAAUGGGCAACGAUACAUACCCAACGAGGAACAGGAUCUUAGGCGGGUUGUCAGUGCUAGACAUGUAAGAGCUCCGAUGUCGCCUGCUCCUCACCCUGUGCAGUACUCCGCUCCUCAUCCUCGUACUACAAGGGCAGCUUCUCAGGUUUACAUCUCACCGACGGGCCAGCCUAUGUCUCAGCAGUACAGAGCAUCAGUUCAACCAGCAUCGGCGACAUAUAUCUCUCAUGAUCGCUCCCCAUCUCCGCCUUUGCGUCGAAUGCAAGCAUCUCCCUUUGGACGAAACCCAAUCGCUAUGGCGCCGCCGCCACGGCGUAUCAUGAUUGAUCAAUGGGGCAGAGAAUGCAUUGAGGUUCCCGUGAACGCUGGGCGGCAAGUCUCCGUUGCCCCUGUUGCGAGCAGAAGCGAAUAUGACCCUCGCUAUGAGCAGUCCGCUCCUCAUAGUGUCCGACAACCGCAGCUUGUUAGCGUUGACGACGAAGGGCAGUACGUUCGUAGAAUUCAAUCGCCGGGCUCUCAGCCGUUCUUCGAGUAUCCACAACACCGAAACACGCAAGUGGUUGAAAGCAACUCACGCAGCAUGCCUUACGCUGAGUCCUAUGUCACACGCAACGAAAGUACUCACCCCACUGAGUAUGCCGAAGCUCGGCAAGCUGCCCGGUAUGCAGAAGUUCCUGAAGCGCGUGAAGGUAUGAUGCGGGUGCAAAGCGCACGGCCUGUUGAAAGGCAGUACGCGGUUCCUCGAGAACAAGGGACGAGAAUGCAAAGUGUGAGACCUCAGCAGCCGCGCAUUGUGCAACUGGGAGAAAGAUCAGAGGCUCGACCGCAAGUUAGCCGUCAGGUCAGUGUCUUUGCCGACGAUGGACCUAUGAGGCCAGUGAGCUAUGCCGUGGAGGAACGGCCGAGGUAUCAGUACGCAACUCAGGGGCAAGAUAGGGGCUACGUCGACGAGAUGACAGAUGAUGGCGGUAUAUACGAGGCACCGGGGAGCGCGGGAAGGCGGCAAGUAUUGCGUUAA